CCGAAACGACACAAGCAAAGAUCAUGGUACAGGAUACCGUUAAGCUAGACUCGAUAUCGCUAGCAGAUGUCUUGCAGCACGUAAAAGAAGGCGCGAAAGGGACUGAGUUACAUUUACAUCGGUCUGGACUAAACCCCAGUCUGGCGGUGCAACUUGCGGACUUUUUGGAGACCAAUGCGACCCUCACGCACGUAGAUCUGACAGGGAAUCGACUGGGUGAGCAUGGAGCAGGUUGUCUAGCCACGUCGUUGAUGAAGAACAGUACCGUCAAGAGUCUGGUAUUGGAUGACUGUGGAUUGACGAGCGAGGCGUUGAAAGAAUGGGUCGUCUUCUUCCGAUCCGGUACCAACACGACACUACGUCACCUCAGUCUAGCACACAACCAGAUCGACGACGAUGGAGCUGAAGCUCUCGGUGCAAUGCUACAAGCUGCUAAUACACGAAACAUGCUCUUCGAUCUGCGUGGUAAUGAUCUAUCAACUCACGGAUUACAAAUUUUAGCCGAUGCCAUGAAAAAUUCAUGUCCGGCUUCAGUCACUACCGUUCAGGUGGCGGGCAACCAGGACGAUGACGAGCCGGAAGCUGAAGUGUAUCGGACGAGGAUGGAAUUCUACUUGCAUAAGAAUAUGGCUGCGAUCGAGAGAGAAACUCUUUUUGAAUCUAUCAAAAAGAUUGAACUGUCGUCGCUGGAGCUGGUGGUGUGUCAUUUCCAGCACAUUGUAUUGACAAUUGCCGAGGCGGAUUCUCUUGGUGCUGCACUGCGGGGUAACCAUUCGGUCAUGGAACUAAGACUAGAAGAUAACGCUUUGCCCGAAGAGGGUACACGACGUAUACUACGUGCACUUCGCACUAAUCGGAGUGUACGUACGUUGUCACUCGUGGACAACAACAUCGGCGACGGUGGAUUUCGUGAACUGAGUGAACUGCUUCGAGUACCGACAACAACGCUUAGAGCCGUCACGAUUGCCAACCCAACGCAGUUGACCCCUGGAAAUGGGUUGGAGGUCAUCGCUCCACGCACAGGCAGUUCGCUUCAUUACACAUUUGCAAAUUACGCUCUACUAACAUCACUUUCGCUUGCAAAUUGUGGACUGGACGAUCUUAUGGUUGGCGUCUUGGUCUCUGGUAUCGCUUGGAGUGGACGUAUCGAAGCUCUUGACCUGCAACGCAACAGCUUUGGUGACCGCAGUGCUUACGUUUUGGUACAGAUGAUGCAGCGCUGCGUGCGUCUGUAUCGGCUAGAUCUGUCCGGCAAUGAUUUUACUCUCAGUGGUUUAUCACCGCUGCUCCCUGCCGUUUCCUCUCAUCCACAGCUUCGUAUGCUGCUCUUGGGUCGCUUUCCUAGUUGUGAGCAGUGCACGCUGGAUCAUAUUAUCAAUGCAGUAGAGCAAAAUCAAACGCUUGUUCAGUUGGAACUGACAACGACACACCGUCAUACGAGUACGAGCGAGCGCAUUGCUAGUCUCAAUACUCGUCUGCGUGCGGUUCAUGGCGAAGACUUCGAGCGAGAGAGGCAACAGCGAAAAGAGCAAGCGGAGAUACAUGAAAAGUGGUGUCGACAACGGGCUAUCGUGCACCAACUAGCAAGAACGCUGGUCGAUAACCUUGCACGCCAUACGUCAAGAUGAAUAAAACUGUUCUGCUCAUACAAGUAAUACAUUUAACGAUACUCGAC